AUGCCCGCGACGGAAACCUCGCUCUUGAACCGCCUCACAGACGCUCUUUUCCGCUCCGAAGCCGCAACCAACGACGCAUACCAGUACCAGCCCCUUCCACGAGACGAAGAAGCCCACGCCAGCCAAGAACCAGCUUCUUCCUCUUCCGCCGCAGCAUUGCAUUCCUCCACCAUGCGCUCCUCCAGCGACGAGGCCACCAAGGCCGCGCCCGUCGCCACCACCACCCCCGCCGACGGCUCCCACGCACACGACGAGUGCCGCGCCCACAGCCUGCAGCAGCUCGAGUCCUCCUCCAGCGGCGUCGACGACUCCGUCACGCAGGGCCUGCACAUUCUCGACAAGCAGUCGGCGCACUGGUGGUCCUACUUCACCACGCCCGACUUCUGGAUCGUCGUCGCCAUCGGGCAGGUCCUCGCGCUCUGCAUCACCGCCACAAACACCUUUACCACGUUCCUCGCCAACGCGCACACCAACAUCCCCGCCUUCCAGACCGUCUUCAACUACAUCCUGCUCUUCCUCGUCUACAUGACCGUCUUCCUCGUCCGCGACGGGCCGCGCGCCGUCUGGCGCGCCGCCGUCAGGGACGGCUGGCGCUACCUCAUCAUGGCCUUUCUCGACGUCGAGGGCAACUACUUCACCGUGCUCGCCUACCGCUACACCAACAUCCUCUCCGCGCAGCUCAUCAACUUCUGGUCCAUCGUCUGCGUCGUCGUCAUCUCCUUCUUUCUGCUCCGCGUCCGCUACAAGCCCUUCCAGGUCGUCGGCAUCCUCGUCUGCUGCGGCGGCAUGGGCAUCCUGCUCGCGAGCGACCACAUCACCGGCAGCAGCGGCGGCCCGGCCGAGAACCGCCUCAAGGGCGACCUCUUUGCGCUGCUCGGCGCCACCCUCUACGGCACCAGCAACGUCUUUGAGGAGUGGCUCGUCUCAAAGGCCCCCAUGCACCACGUCCUCGCCUUCAUCGGCCUCUUUGGCAUGAUCAUCAACGGCGUGCAGGCCGCCAUCUUUGACCGCGCCUCCUUCCAGCAGGCCCAGUGGGACUCGCACGUCGCCGGCUGGCUCGUCGGCUACACGCUCUGCCUCUUCCUCUUCUACACCCUCGCCCCCCUCAUCCUGCGCAUGGGCUCCGCCGCCUUUUUCGACAUUUCGCUCCUUACGGCCAACUUUUGGGGCGUCAUCAUUGGCGUCCGCGUCUUUGGCCUCACGAUCCACUACCUCUACCCCAUUGCCUUUGUCUGCAUCAUCCUCGGCCUCGUCACCUACUUUCUCUCCGGCAGCCUGCUCGGCGACUCCCGCAAGCCGUGGCUCGGCGAGAACCAGGAGGCCGGCGUCGCGGGCUUCGGCACCGCCAAGCUGCGCGCCAUCAACGCGGCCCGCAUCGCGCAGCAGGAGGCCGAGAAUGGCCAUGUGGCGCCCGAGAAUUCCCCCGCCGCGGCCGGUGUGGGUGGCGCGGGCUUCAUGGCGCGUGCCAGGGCUAAUAUGCAGAGAUUGUGGAACAAGGAGGCCAUUUAG